CCGGGGCUGUAUGUAGAUGGUCCGACAUACUGACCAUCUCCCCGCCUCGGUUCAGAGCAAUCGCUAGAUAUAAUGUAAAAGGGGGUUCCUUCUCCCAGAAGGCAUGUAAAUCCAUUCUUCUCGUAUCUUGCUCGUUCAGACCCCAGGCAAUCUAUUCACCAUGGCUCCCAGCACGGCUGCUCCUUUCGCGGAACCACUUCUCCCUCAACUCGAUCUCCCCUCGAACCCUUACUGGACCGACAAGCAUCAUCGCUUGAGAGCCUUCGUGCGCAACUAUGUCGAGACGGAGCUGGCGCCGUACGCGCAAGAGUGGGAACUUGCGGGCCAGGUGCCCGAGAGUGUGCGCCUGCGGCAUUGUCAGCUGGGUUUCGGGAUCGUGAACCCAGUGGUAGACCCGGCCGACGCAGGUGGUCGACAACACCCCGCCGAUAUACCCUUUGGUGAGUGGGACACGUGGUGUGGCAUCAUCGUGAGCGACGAACUCACCCGUCUCGGUUGGUGUGGUCCGAUCUGGGGCUUGGGUGGUGGAAAUAACAUUGGAUGCCCUCCCAUCAGCAGAUUCGGUACGAAAGAACAGAGACAACGGUGGUUACCAAAAGUGGCACGAGGGGAAAUCCGAUUCUGCCUGGGCAUCACUGAACCCGACGGUGGAAGCGACGUCGCAAAUAUCAAGACCACGGCGCAAAAGGAGGGUUCGAUCUACAGGGUGUCGGGCCAAAAGAAAUGGAUCACGAAUGGGAUAUGGUGUGACUAUUGCACUACGGCUGUACGCACCGGAGGACCAGGGCACGGCGGUAUUAGUCUACUGGUUGUGCCACUGAAAGCAAAGGGCGUCACGUUGAGAAGGAUAGAGAACCAAGGAGUCCAUGCUAGUGGCUCUACCUUUAUUGACUUUGACGACGUCGAGGUUCCUGUCGAGAACCUCAUCGGACGAGAAAACCAUGGGUUCCAACUCAUAAUGUCGAACUUCAACCCGGAACGGUUGGGUUUGGCAACGGCCGCAGUCCGGCUUGCUCGAGUCUGUGCUUCUGAUGCAUACAACUAUGCUUGUGAACGUGAGACAUUCGGAAAGCCACUGAUUGAACAUUCCCCGAUCAAGUCCAAGAUCGCCACGUUUGGCCUUCUCAUCGAACCUGUCCAGGCGUUUCUUGACCAGCUUUGCUACGUAAUUGAAACUUCCAGGGUGACUGGUAAAGCAGUCAACGUUGGAGGAAUGACAGCAUUGCUCAAGGUCAUGAGCACGAGAUGCCUCGAGAAGGUCUGUCGCGAGUCUCAACAGAUCAUGGGGGGAGCAGGAUAUACCAAGACUGGCAAGGGCGCUCGUAUAGAGCAGAUUAGUCGCGAUGUGCGCGUGCAUGUCGUAGGAGGCGGCAGCGAAGAAAUCAUGCUCGAUCUUGCUGUCCGACAGGAGGCUCGAGAUGUAAAACUCAGGGCGAAAGAGCGUGCUGCAUCAAAACUGUAAAUACAAU